GAAAAUCAAAUCGCUGGGUGAAGAUGACCCCUGGCUGGACGAUACGGCGGCCUGGAUUGAGAGAAGCCGGAAGCUGCAGGUGGAGAAAGAGAUGGCAGAGAAGAGGGCCAAGCUCUUGGAGGAGAUGGACCAGGAAUUUGGCAUCAGCAGCCUCGUGGAGGAGGAAUUCGGGCAGAAGAAGAAGGUGGGCUACAGUGCCCAGGACCUCAAAGGCCUGACUGUGGAGCACACCAUCGAUUCGUUCCAGGAAGGACAGACGGUGGUCCUGACCCUCAAAGACAAAGGCGUCUUGGAGGAGGAAGGUGGCGAUGUGCUGGUGAACGUCAACAUGGUGGAUAGGGAGAAGGCCAAAAAGAACGUGGAGCUGCGCAAGAAGAAACCGGAGUACAAACCCUACGAAGAAGAGGAGAGCGUGGACGACAUGGUGGUCGUAAGUCUCCGUCCGCCCUUCCUCUUGGGGUUCCCUGACAGCUUCACCACAUGUAACGGUGUCGAUCAGUGUUUCUCCAUCUUGACCACUUUAAGACGUGGACUUCAACUCCCAGAAUUCCCCAGGCAGACGAGAGAGGGAGAGAAUCUUCCGUAAGGCAGAUGCCACAGCAGAGAAUGCGUGCCUCCUGCCAUUGGCC